CGUAUCAAAUGUAUUGAAAAUGGGUUUAGUACAAAAUCUUGAAGAUCAAAAUCCCGAAGUCAUAAUCCCGAAUGAUCAUAAUCCCGAAGGGUUAAAAUCUCGAAUAAUCAUAAUCCCGAAUGAUCAUAAUCUCGAAUAUUAUUGCUGCAACCAUAAG